CUUCUCCUAGCGGUGGCAAAAUCCACAAGAUAUACCUCGAUUUCUCACUUGCCUGGGGUAUUGCAGUAUCUCCAGCAAAAUGUCACUGCUGGCUUCCGCACAUGUGGAGUCUAUCCGUUUAAUCCUUCUGCUAUUUCAGUUACUGUGCCACCGUCAACAUCGUCUAAUGUCCCAUGAAGGUGACUCUGGCAGUGCAGAGGAAACUGAAGAGUUCCAGGAUGGUGGAGAUCAAAGUUUGUCUUUGAACACAUUCACGGCUGAGCAGGAGAAACACUUUCAUAUUCGCUAUGCCUUUGCCUUUCUACCACGUAGUUUUCAUGCCAUUACUAUAUGUACUUACUAUAAUAAUGGAGCAGCAUUUGUUACUGUACCCAAACUAGGCAUGUGUGUGUAGGUGAAUGUUCUUAUUGCCUCGCUCUGAAUGACUACAGGUUACAGAUAUGUGGGAGUGAGCAAAGCUCGAGUAAAUGGCCAGUCCAUGUCAAAGUAUGCACCUGUGCAGAAUUGAACACCACCUCGUUCCCAAAAUAGGAAACUGGGAUAUUUUCGCACAUGUGUGAUGAAUGCCUGGAUGCCACACAUUUAUUUACAUGAUUGAUGUUGCAUGUAACAGUCUAGAGAGGCUGUAUAGCUACACUGUCUUCUCCAGGCAUAAUACAC